CAGCUAAAAAUCCUCCUUUCACCCACCGCAUCUAAACCGGGACAGGACAUCACUUAAGCGGAUUCACACUCCACUAUUUUCUGCUGCGUAAAACGUGAAAUAUGAAGGGAAUGAUUCUUCUGCUCAGCCGCAGCCUGAACCGUGCGGCUCCUGUUCUCCGUCGGAACAUCCAUUCCGGUGCUCGUCCUGCCUCCGCCAUCGCCUCCAAGCUGAAGACGGAACGUCCGCUCACAUCAGACGAAAUUUACGCCCGCGAGGACAAGUACGGAGCCCAUAACUACCAUCCCCUGCCUGUGGCUUUGGAGCGAGGGAAGGGCAUCUAUGUAUGGGAUGUUGAGGGGAACCGAUAUUACGACUUCCUCAGCGCCUACAGUGCAGUGAACCAGGGACACUGCCACCCUAAGAUCGUCGCUGCGCUCACGGAGCAGGCGUCCAAACUCACCCUGACCUCCAGAGCGUUCUACAACGACGUGCUGGGAGUGUACGAAGAGUACAUCACCAGCCUGUUCGGAUAUGACAAAGUACUACCAAUGAAUACAGGAGUUGAAGCUGGUGAGACAGCCUGUAAGCUUGCAAGAAAGUGGGCCUACAACGUGAAGGGGGUUCCAAAGAAUCAGGCUAAAAUAAUUUUUGCAGAGGGAAACUUCUGGGGCCGCACCAUGGCAGCCAUUUCCAGCUCGACUGACCCCAGCAGCUAUGAGGGUUUCGGUCCAUUCAUGCCCGGCUUCGAGCUCAUCCCGUAUAAUGAUAUUCCUGCACUGGAGAAAGCCCUUCAGGACCCAAAUGUUGCAGCCUUCAUGGUGGAGCCCAUCCAGGGAGAAGCUGGUGUUGUGGUUCCUGACCAGGGCUACCUGACUAAAGUCAGGGAACUUUGCACAAAGUACAAUGUGUUGUGGAUUGCUGAUGAGGUGCAGACAGGCCUGGCACGGACCGGCCGCCGGCUGGCUGUGGACCACGAGGGGGUUCGUCCGGAUGUGGUGACGCUGGGCAAAGCUCUUUCAGGAGGAACUUAUCCUGUGUCAGCCGUGCUGUGUGAUGAUGAAAUAAUGCUGACCAUUAAGCCCGGGGAGCAUGGAUCCACGUAUGGAGGAAACCCUGUGGCCUGCAGCGUUGCUAUUGCAUCACUGGAGGUGUUGGAGGAGGAGAAACUUGCAGAAAAUGCUCAAAUGAUGGGAGAGCUGUUGCGAGCUGAGCUGAAUAAACUGCCCAAAGACAUCGUGACCACGGUGAGAGGGAAAGGCCUCCUCAACGCAGUCGUCAUCAAGGAGACCAAAGACUACGAUGCCUGGAAGGUGUGCUUGCGUCUCCGUGACAACGGACUGCUGGCGAAGCCCACCCACGGCGACAUCAUCCGACUGGCCCCUCCUCUCAUCAUCAAGGAGCACGAGCUGCGCGAGUGCAUCGAUAUCAUCCAGAGAACCAUCAUGUCCUUCUAAACAACAGCGUCACCAAACGUCUUCAUUUGAUUUUAUUUGCUUUUUAUUUGUAAUUCUAAGAUGAUUGUUUUUAAGGGGAUUUCAGUAGGAAGACAGGGUUCAGGUAGUGUUUACAGAGCGUGCUUCUGCGAGGAUCCAUUAGUUUUACACAGAAAAACUGCUGUAAAGACAAAGAGUUUCCUCAGGAAUGUCUCAAAACUGCCUAAAGAUUGUAUUUUUGGAGUGUUUAGUUUACUUUUUAAAUCAUAUUGGCUGAUGUAUAUGUUGGUUUUACAAAAAAAUGCCCAAUGUUUUUGGAAGUAGGAGUAUUGUGGCUUGCAGGAACGUACAUAAAACCCUCUGUAGGACUGUAAAAGUGCAUUUUCUCGCAGAAAGGAGAUCUGAUCUCCGCGUCUUAAUAUGUCAAAGAUUUACAAGUUUACUCUCAGAUAGUGGAGCUGCUGUCUUAAAACUGACCGUUUUAAGAACCAAUCUUGUUACAUAAAAGAUUGUAAAAGUUUGAUAUAUUAUCUUUGAUUUUGCACAUGAAUUUUGUCACUUUAGAAAACUACUUGUCCCAAAGGACCACAUUUUAUGACCUGUCUCUAUAAUUCAAAAUGUUACGCUGUGUAUUACUACUGGGGAAAAAAAGAGAAAACGUCAAUCCUUGAGCUUAAAUCAGAGUAAUUUGCAAUACUUUAAAGAGACAAGGCUGAGCACACGGCUGGCUUAGUUUGAAGCAGUUGCUGAAUGUAAAGAUUGUAUUUUCAGACGAUGUUGUUACAAAAUCCAGCGUUCUUCAAAUAAAUUAUUCU